AUGCCAGGUCUACUCCCGACCGUAGAGCAGAUUGAGGACUACAUGCAGUCGAUCGAAGAGCUGCUCUUCUCUUCGCUGCAAGCGGCGACUCCUGAUCUUCCCCGGGUCAACGAAGCGAUCCAUCGUCUGUGGGAGGACGUCUCGCGCUUCGGCCCUCAGUCGCUCCCGCCUCUUCCUGAUCUCCACAUCCCUGGACUUGGUGCGUUCGAGGUCCCGCCGCCUCCGCCGCCUCCACCACCCCCGCCGUCGCAGUCGUUCCUUCGGCACACAGCGCACUGGGUUGCAGAUCACCCUUGGACUACAGCUGGGAUCACGUUCGGAGCAGUCGGUGCAGGUUUGCUUGUCGGCUAUGGCUACUACCACGCCGGCUCGACAACAGUGAGGGUGAGGGCGUCCGCGAGCUCGGACCGUAGACAAGUCGUCGUGGUCCUCGGUGGAGACUCUCCUUCGGGACUGCCUCUCAUCCUCGAGCUCGAGAAGAAGGGUUUUGUUGUCAUUACUAGCGUAUCGACUCCCGAGGCUGUCGCGGAUAUUGAACGGAACUGCCAUGGGUAUGUGCGCGCACUGGUGCUUGAUCCAUCCGAGCCCGAAACGAUCCCCUACUUUCUCCGCUCCCUCUCGUCGACGCUCUCGCGCCGCUUCCCCAUCACCGCCGCCGGCGACCCACACGCCUCGCCUUCCCACCACCUGCACGUUCACUCCGUCAUCUCUCUCCUCACACUCCCUUCCCCCUCCGUCGCCCCUCCCCCAGCACCCCUGGAACACCUCUCCCUGCAAGACGCGUAUUCCACCUACCUGACCGCGACGCACAUCACGCCGCUGCAGAUCAUCCAGGCGCUGCUGCCCCUCCGGGCGAACCCUGCACGCGCACGCGAUGCCUUCGCGAACAACCUCGGCAAGAAGAGCAUCGUCGUGUGCCUGCCUGCGAUCGACGCGCGGGUCGGGCUUCCGUUCGCGGGCGCGCAGGCGAUGAGCGCCGCGGCGACGCUCCGUGCGAUGGAAGUGCUCCGGAGGGAGGUCAAGAUGGCCGCGCUGACGGACGCGAGCGCUAGCAUGAAGAACAUCAAAGUUGUCGUUGUCGAUGUGGGAGCAAUCGGCGUCGCUCCUGCCAGCGAGCCGGUCCAAGAUGUCCGUAAGAGUGUGCAGGAGUGGACGCCUAGCGAGAAGGUUGCGUAUGGGACGGCGUUCGAGGCUGUUGUCGAGGAGGGUAUGCACUACAGUGUGCACAGGAAGCCGACGGACGUCUCGGUGUUUGUGAACACUAUCGUAGAUGUCGUGGGCGGUGGAAGGAAGAGCGGCAAGUCCGCGAUCAACGCUAUGGUCCACUUGAGCAUGGCCCGCAUUCGUGACUUCAUUCGCGGCGACAGGGUCGUUGUCGGUGCUGGUGGAACAGCGAGGACCUACGCCUUGGCAUCGUACCUCCCCGGCGUGCUCCUGGAUACCAUCCUAAACAUCCCGCACUUCCUCAUCUCGAUCCGGAACGCGCUGCUCCCCAUCCAGCCACAUGUCAUUCUGCCUCAGUCUACCUACACUCCGCCUGUCCCUCCCACGGCGUCUGUUGCCCCUACCCCUGCACCGCCUGCCGAAUCGCAGCUGCCUGCCCAGGAGCAAGCUGUGGAUUCUGACCCCGAGCAACAUGACAAUGCUUCUGAGACGGGCUCCGAGGCGGACGUGGAGAGUAAUGCUGGGUCUGGAGUGGGCGAGUCGUGGAUCAGCGUGAAGGACGAGUGAUCCCAUGCUGCGCCACGUCUACAUAGGUUCUAAUGACAUCGCCAUGGAUAGAGGCUCUACUCCAUAUUGGUUUUCCGCCCGAGUACGUUGUUUCAUUAGUGUGCUUUCUGCUUCAGAUCUCUGUUGUACAACGAUUAACUGCGGCGCGAUGUAUGUACAAAAUCCUAGUGUAUAAUGUAUAUGACGGACUGCAUC